GUUCUGUAUGUUUGUUGAGCAAAGGACAAUUCCGCCUGUUUUGUAUUGGACUGUUUUGUAAAGACACGCAUUUUAGUCGUUUUGAUAUUAAGGUUUUGAUAUAUUGCCCCAAAUUUUCCCUCCAAUGCAAUAAAAACUAUUUCUCAGUAUAUUCAUUAACUUUAAUUCAAUUUCACAAUGCAAACUUGAAAUUGAUUUUUUGAUUUGAGUUAAGUGCGUUACUAAGCGGGAGAUCUAGCUCUUUUUACCAAUCCAUAAUUAAUUGUAGUUCCAGGAAAAACGAUGUCUUUUCUUCCUAUAACGACAAAUAUUGCAAAUGCUCAGCAAGCCCAAAAAAACAUCGAUAGACUCAUUGCUUUGUUAGUUAAAAGUGAGGUACCUUAUCCCAACAUCGAAAAGCACCUGAUGCUCCGGUUAACAGAUGAACAGAAAGAAAACAGCAGCGAAAUAAAAACAUAUUUCUACAAACAUUACUCUGAUGCUGUUUUGGCCAAAUUAAUAGAUCAACUAGAAGUUGAAAAAAAGAAGAAUCGAAAAAAAGAGGAGCUGGAACAACUUGUGAACGGCAAGCAAGACUUUGACGCUCUUAAAAAAGCGUUUCCAUCUCUGGAAAAGCUCAUAUCUCUCGUCAAAGGAUGUUCUGAUGACAGAUUAUUUGAUCCUGGAAUUUUUCCAGGUAAAAUCUGGAAAAUACUGAGCGACGAGUAUCAGCGAACUAGAGAAUUAAAUGACUCGGAGUCAGAGUUCUUAGAGGCCUUGAUGAACCAUGUAAACUGUCUGCUUGCAGAACUCGAUGCAAACAGUGUUUCGGACAUUCCGUUCAUAAAAGAGAGUCCGACAGUUUCAGAUCUCAUCAAAAACAUCGAGUCCACGACAUUUCUUUAUUCGAGUAAAUCAAAAGCAGAAAGACACCUUGAGCUGAAGGCAAAAAUGCUUAAAUCACGACCCGAAAACACGAUUGAGUUUCGAGCAUCUUUCCAAAACAAUCUACUGGAACCCUUACUGAAAGAGUAUCGGGCUCCACCUGUAGUUGAAAUACAAGUUUCUGAAACGGACCGUGAUCAUAUAAUCUUCAAAGUGAGUUGCUCUGGCAUAAAUAUCGAUCGGACAGUCCAGGAGACGCAGAGAAAAGGUAUCACUCCUAGCGAAACGCGAGUUUAUGCUAAGCAUCUUUUCGUCGUUGAACAAAGCUGUGAAGGCAAAGGCCAUAAUUUUUGUGUAGUUAGUCCUAAGAUUAAAAUUUUGAAGCCAAAAACAGUUUUGGAUGUCUCUGGAAGUAAUGCUUCCAACGCCUGGAACAUGAAAAAAGCUGAAGACGGAACUUUUCCGGGAGAUCAUGGCAGAGACGGUAUUGACGGAAACCAUGGAAUGAGUGGAGGGAAUGUGACUUUUUACUGCGACGAAAUAGAAGGAGCCAGUAACCUGAAAAUAAUAUCCAAUGGUGGAAAUGGCAGUGACGGCCAGGACGGAGGAAAUGGCUGCAACGGGCAAUCGGGAGUAGAUGGCAAGUCAUUGAACUGUAAAUCAAAAGACGACUUCCGAUCAAAGUUUGGGAAGUUGCAUUAUCUUAAAGAAGUGAGUGACUUUUGUUCCCAACUAAAUCAACUCAAUGAUUCCUACGACAGCAGUAGUUCAUUUUUCCCUACAAAAAGUGAUGUCUACUUUUCUGGCAAAUACAACGACUUGGACACGACUCUAAUUCAUUACCGGUACAGGGGAAACCUGUGGUUUAGAACAUUGGUCCUAGUCAAAGGUCUGCCAGGCACGGUUGGUUCACGGGGCGGAGAUGCAGGUGCUGCCGGCGCUAAAGGUGAAGGCGGGUACGCUGGAAUACUGGAAAUUUUUGGCCUAGAAUCAUCACAUUGUAAAGGAUCUGAGGAGCUCAUGGAAUGUGUUGAAACAAACCCAGGAAGAGACGGCAAUGAUGGAGCGCCUGGAAGACCUGGAAACGGAGGCCGAAACGGAAACAAAGGAGCGGACUGUGGACGAGUGGAAGCUGAUAGUGAUCAGUUUGUGCACUUCGGAUCACUGGAACUUUAUUCAGACUCUAACGAAGACAAAACAAGAGUAUGGACAGGCAAGUACAAAAAGUACUUUGGAAUCCGGACUACUGGAAGAUGGACGGUGCAGGACUCGUAUGAAACUCACGGAGAAAAGGCAACAAGAAGAUCCAACAAACGCCAAAGAGUUCGUAAAAGACUGAACGUCAGAAGUGAAAUAAAUAAGGAAAUGAAAGAAGCUAUGAAAAAAAGCGUUCAUGCUAAAGUUAACACAUUACUUCAACAGGAGAGGGGAAAAGAAAUUAACGUUGAAGAACAAGUGCAACAGAACGAAAGAGCCAAAACAAAUCGACUUCAAUCAGUCGUGUCUGAAGAGUUAAAACAGAAAAUUAGUUUCAAUGUUCCAAAGAAGCGAGAGCUAAAAUUGCUCGAACAGAGAAAUUCAUUUGCUGAGUUUGAAGACACCCAUAGUGACGAAGAACCAACCGAACAAAAUCCUACAGUGGAAGCAGCGUUGUUGUUUUUGAAGAAUCUUCUACGCGAUUUUCGCGUUGCCAAAAAAAUUCAUAAGAAAACAUUGAAAAAAUUAAAGGGACAAAGCAGCUUCGACAAAAUAGUAUUUAAGGAUCAAGAAGAGGAAAGAUCUUUUUUGGAAAAUGAUUUGAUCGCCUUGUUUUCUGAUAUAGAAAAUGAACUUAUGAAAACUUGUUCACCAGUUCAGAAAGAGUCUUUGAAGGAUUGCAUAAAACACACUUCAACACUGUUAACUUACGGUUUUCCCCCCGACAAAGUUGCCUCAAAAUUGCUGCAAAUUCAGCGUAUUACUUUUGAAAGAUACAAACAAAAUUGUGCAUUGCAAACCAGACAAGAUAUUGAAGCUAUUGCAAGCGUUCAACCUAAUAUGGAUGAAAAUCAUUCGAAGUGCAUCGACUUUCGAGCUUUUUGCGACGAUUUAGUGCAGAGAAGUUUGGAAGACAUUUCGAACUGUUUUUCUUCAAAACCUCCAGAAGGGCCAGGAAAACCAACUGCAAGAUCCGCUUCGUACACAGAAUACGACAUUGAUCAGAUCGAUUCCAUUAGGAAAAGAUUUAUCGCUGGUGCGGAGAAGGCCGUGAAAAAAUAUUUACCAUCAAAGUCAUCGCAAGACUUUGUCGAAACUGAUGUUGAUGGAGAUCGCAGAUUUGAUGCAGACGAAACAAGUCAAAAAAACAUCUCACAUGGUGACCGAGAAUGGCUGUACAAAACAAAUCUGGAAACAGUCAAGAAUCGAAUGCUGACAAAAAUGCUACAUAUGUUCAAGCAUUGCGAUAACUUCUGUCUGGACAAUAUUGUACGAGUCAUUAUCUGGAGACUUUCUUUUGAAGAGCCAAAAGUAGACAAAAAAGACAUGGAAGUGAUCAUUUCUUAUGCUUUGAGAGACAAAACGACUUAUGGCGUGCGGGACUAUUUAAUAUUGUUCGGCACUUACCCACAAGUUGAGUGGUUGUCGGCUCUUGUAACACUUCAACUUCGGCAAGCGAUAAAACUAACCGUCGCCGACAGCGUCAAGAUUCAAAAGUUCCUCGCAAACACUGAUAACGUACCCAUGGUGCGACUUUUGAGCUUGAAGCUUCGACGCGAGGAAUUCUCUAACUGCAGUUUGGCUAAUGUCGAAGCUAUUUUUGAAAACUCGAAGCUCAUUGAUUUGGACGACGAAAUAGCAGCACAAUUACUGGCCAUUGGAAUAGGUGCAUGGCCAUUGAGGCUUUUGUGGCUGGAAACGGUGCUUCAAAUCUCGUUAUUGAAAGUCGACCCCGAAAUGGACGCAGAAGACUUGGAAGAAUUCUCGUAUUACAUGGGCGAAAUCCGGCAAAAAUAUGGGGAUGAUGAUACCUCAGAACUACUAUCAAUGCUUUCCGGUGAUAAGUUUCUUGUGAAAAAGGAAUUGAAAACAGCUUUACGCAAUUUGUAUCGAAACAAGUGGAUAUUGGAUGAAAAUACUAAAAACAUUAUACGAAGACAACGCAGUUCCAAUUGGAAUAAAUUAGUGUCUCAGAAUUUGAAGUCUAGCGAACCGCGUAGCAUUGUUCAACUGACGGCUCUCAUAAGCAAUCACUCUACAAACAGUGAAAGAGUCAAAAAGAUGCUUCCUUCCUGUAAAAAGAAAGUCAUGAAAAUCGAAAAUAUGAGAAAACAACAAAGUGCUGUUUUACCAUGUUUUCAAAAAGCGGCACUGAAAAAAAUAAACAAAUUAGAGUCCGAGGAGAGAAAUUAUCGUGAAAAAAAAGACUCGCCCAAUCACAAAAUCUUUGAAAGAUUGAAUCUCGAGCAGUCAAUUAGAAACAACAAACAAAGCGCUUCGAAACAAAUUUCCCAAUGGACAGAAGAAGAUGUCAACAAUUGGGUGAAAAGUUUUUCUUCGUCCGUUUUCGCCGAUCUGAAAAGCAAGCAUAAAGAAGAGUUAGUAUGUGUAGUAGAUCAAACUAUCGAACUUACCCUUGGAUUCAAAUUACGUGCCACUCAACUUCUGGCUGUUGUCGUGUUCAUUGAAAGUGGUGAAACUGGAAUUCUUGAACAAAUAUCCACGGGCGAAGGAAAGUCGUUGAUAAUAACAACUUUGGCGAUCUACAAAGCUCUUGUUGAACAAAAAAACGUUGACAUUAUUACCAGCUCAGUGAUUUUGGCAGAGCGAGAUGCAAAAGAGCACAAAAACUUGUACGGAUUAUUUCGUUUAAAAGUGGAUCACAAUAAUGUUGACGAAAUGAACGAGAGACAAGAGGUAUAUUCUAAGUCCCACGUAAUCUAUGGAGACAUCAGUUGUUUCCAGCGAGACCUGCUCCUCGACACUUUCUACAACGUCGGCAAUGGAAUCGAGAGCCGCAAAGUUGGCUGCGUUAUUGUAGACCAAGUUGACAGCAUGUUGAUAGACAAAGGAAACAACAACCUCUAUUUGUCCCACAAUAUUCCUGGCAUGGAUGCCCUGGAGCCACUAUAUGUGCAUAUUUGGAUGAUGGCCCAUGACCCCGGAAUAACUGGAAGCGAGGAAGAUAUUGCACUUAUAGAACUCGCCGCAAGACAGGCGAUGAGACUUCUUCUUACAAAAGAUAACCUUCGAGAUAAAAUUGGAGUUACCGAGCUCAAAGUGAAUCAAAUUUGGGAAGAAUUGAUCCGUUUGGAGUUCAUAAACAAUCUCGGAGAAAUAAUUGAUGGAAAAAAGUUGUUAAAAAAUUGCAAAAAACUCGAAAAAAUUCUUCAGAUCGAAAUUGAAUUGACGCGUAAGGAAAAAGGAAAGGUUGUUUCGUUAAUCAAAGAUUGCAUCAGACGGGGAACAACGGUCGAAAUUCCAAAAAAUCUUAGAGAGUUUGUUGAGUUGCAUUUGAACGAAUGGGCUAAAAACGCAAUUCUAGCCCGGAGUAUGAAUAUCAAUGAAGACUACAUAGUUGAUAUCGAUCGAUCAGACAUCGCGCGAAGAACAGAGCCGAAUAUUGUAAUUAUGGACAACUACACAGGAGCAGAACAGUACUCCUCGCAAUGGAGUAGUGGUCUUCAUCAGUUCCUCCAGCUGAAACACUCCUGCCGUCUCUCAAUGGAGUCCUUGAAAGCCGUGUUCAUAUCAAACACUAAGUUUUUUGAGCGGUAUGGCUCAAAUUUGUAUGGGCUUUCUGGUACUUUGGGUUCUCAAAGUGAACGGAACUUUCUGAAAAACCUUUACAGAGUUGAUUUCUGUGUUAUACCCACUUUUAAAGAAUCUCGCUUCGAAGAAAUUACACCAGCGCUUUUUAGGAAUCAAGACACCUGGCUUAAAAGGCUCACGGAAGAUUGUGUUGCGAUAACGCACGAACAACAACCGGUGUUAAUCAUUUGUGAAAACAUAGACCAAGUCAACACUGUCGAAGCUGCCCUAAGACAGUUGAUGGUUGCCAAAAGCAAAGCAACCAAUUCUAAAAAGUCAAUCGACGGUUCCAGGAAAAAGCUCGAUUGCCCACUGCAUGUUUACACGCGCAGCUACGUACCUAUUGUUGGCAGUGAACGAGAAAUAACUGAGCCGUGCAUCAUAGUAUCCACCAACUUAGCAGGCAGAGGGACUGAUAUAAAGAUAAGCGAUAGACUUAGCGAAAAAGGAAGGCUUGCAUGUGUGUGUGGCGUACUUACCUCCAAAUGUGAGAAUUGA